AUGGCCUCUACAAUCCAAGAAAUCCACCCAGCAUCUACCGCUGUGAACCAGGAUGAUCUCAUGAUUCCAUUGAUUGAUCUCGGUCCGUUUUUCACGGGUACACCUUCCGACAAGCAUGCUGUCGCCCUUUCUAUAACUGAAGCUUUCAAGACAUCUGGGUUUCUCUACCUCAAAUCCCAUGGCAUUCCGCCUUCCGUGGUAUCCCGGGUGUUUGCUUCCUCUGCACGCUUCUUUGCCCGACCUCAGAGCGAGAAAGAUGAUCUGGGUUGGACAACCCCACAAUCGAACCGUGGUUACGUUGCUAUCGGACGGGAGAAGUUGACCACAGUCGAUGAGACCAAUGGUGUCAAUGAUCUACGUGCAUCCGCCCCAGAUAUCAAAGAGACUAUGGAAAUUGGUCGCGAAGGAGUGGCAGGGCUUCCCAAUCGCUGGCCUGACCAUCUGGAUGAUGAAGGGAAGGGGUUUAAAGAGACUAUGCAGAGCUUCUUUCAGAUGUGCAAGUCUCUGCAUACUCAAAUUAUGCGUGCCAUUGCAUUGGGAAUGAAUCUGCCAGAGCAUUUCUUCGACGACUACGUCAAUGAAGGCGAUAAUAAUCUCCGUCUACUUCACUAUCCUGCCGUUAGCAAGGAGGUCUUCAACAAGAAUCCUAACCAGGUUCGGGCUGGCGAGCACAGCGACUACGGCUCAGUUACCCUGUUAUUCCAGGACCAGCAUGGCGGACUCCAAGUGAGAAGCCCGAAAGGGACCUUUGUGGAUGCGACUCCCAUUCCCGAUACUAUUGUCGUCAAUGCCGGUGAUCUGCUAGCUCGUUGGUCCAAUGAUACUAUUAAAAGCACCCGUCAUCGGGUAAUCCAGCCGCCUGCGCCACUCAAUGAAGACUCCACAGAGAAUACCUCGGGAGACUACCCUGCUCGAUACAGCAUCGCCUAUUUCUGCAAUCCCAAUAGCGCCAAACUCAUUGAAGCCCUGCCAGGAACUUUCGGUGAAGAGGUUGAUGUGGCCAAGAAGUAUGCGGAUAUAACUGCGGGUGACUACUUGGUCCAGCGAUUGACAGCGACUUAUUAA